AGAGCAGCCAGCAGAAGCAAAAGGAAGAAAAAUUAUAUUGCCCUAGACAUUUCUUGGUGCGAUUCGUCGUCGUCGUCGCUUUUUUAUCCAAAUGUGUGGUGAAAAAUCGGAUCGCGGAUCCCGGAAUUAGCCCAAGUCGGAAUACGUCGGAGCGAAGCUUUUCCUGGCUAUCUGAUCGUUCGUGUCGCAGUUUCCAGUGCGUGUGUGCCAGCGGAGAGUGUUUUCCCGUUUUUUCUACCAUCUUCCUCUUUCUCUUUUUGGUGUAUGAUGGUGGCGCAGGAAGUGUAAAUCUCUUGCCAGCACCAGCUCAGAAUACGAAAAAGCGCCGCGGCUGGAAGGAAUUGUCCGGAUCACUUGCGAAUGUAGCCGGAAAACGGGAAAUUUCGGGUGUGGAAUCAUACUUGAAGUGGUCCGCUAAUGGAGAAGAAAAAAAAUUCGUGAACGAGAGCUUGUGUGAAAAUUUUUCUUUUUCCUCUUGCUGGCGGUCAGCAGCAGUAGUAGCGGCAGCAGGCGGAGGAGGAGGAAGUAGCAGAAAUUUUCUGACUGACAGUAGAGAAAGACAGCGAGUAGAAAAAGAGUUCGCGGAGCACCCCUUAUAAAACGGCAGCGAAGAAUAAGUUGCCAAGAAGAAAUAGCAAGACAGAACAAGAAGAAAACCUCAAGAAAAACGCGAUCUCUAGAGGACCCAGAAAGCAAGACAAGACAGAAGAAAGAGAAUUUUUACGUUUUUAUUUUGUACGGUUUUCGGCUUCUUUUUUCACAACACGGUUCGGUUGGUUUGGGAGAGUGGAUCGAUCUCCAGGUUGGCGUUUGUUCCUUGGCCGAAUUUCAAAAAAAAAGUUGAAAACCUCAACAACAAGAACACAACACGAUAAAGGUGUUUGUGUUGAUGUGCGCGUGUGUGUGAAAUUGUGCCUGGUGCUCGAAUGUGUUUGCAUGGAUCGUUCGUCCGUAUGCGGAAGUCAACAAUAAUAAAGACAGCGAAUAAACGCUGAAUUUUAGAACCUGACGACCUGAUCAUCGAUCGAUUGAUCACAACAAGCAACAUUGCAAACUUGUCAGCAUUCUGGUACGACGAGAGCAUCGGCAUCUUCAGCAAUCGUCACACCGCGUACAACAUCGACAGCAUCAGCAGAAACAAGCCCCUCUGGCCCCGGUUGACAUCAAAUGUGCUGCUGGAAAUGAUUAAUACAAAGGACGAAGUCGUAAACUGGUUCAAAGAGUUACAGAGCUACAACCGGAUAGAUACGAUGUGCACCUUGCUCAAUAUGUGCCUUCCAUUCGAGCUGCGCUUCCUGGGGACGUGUCUAGAGGAGCUCGGUCGGCGCGAUGCCCAGGAAUUACGGGGCAUCGAGCUGCGGGUAAACAAUCCUCAGGAGUUCAUCUCGGAUAUCGCAUCCUGCCAAAGCGGAGAACCCACGGAUCGGAAAAAUCGCCGCAAAAUGGCAAUGUUCCUUGCGCUGAUUCGGGCUUGCAAUCAUACCUGCGUAAACGAACUGUUCAAGACGCUCGAGGGUUGGGGCAAUCGGGAUUUUGCGAGACUCUUUGACGAGGACGUACUACAGGAGCUGCUGUUGGUUUACACGAUGGCCACCAAUCAUCCGGUGUUCUCGUUUGAACAGCGCAUGAAAUGUGGAGACAUAUUCAACAAGCUGAAAAGCUGCGAACUGAAACCAAGCACUGGCGGUCACCUCUACCAGCAGCAGCAAGACACGGAUAGUUUGUCCAAUUCAACUCCCCCGCCUCCCAGUGUGGGAACUCCAUUGGGGAUGCCACCGUCGGGGGUACAACCUCAGCCUCUUCAGGGGCAACCACAGCAGCAUCCCCUAACAUCCCAGCAGCAGCAGCAGCAAAUUCCGAUGCAAAUCCCAUUGCCACCUCAGCAGACGGUGCCACCUCCGCAGCAGCAGCAGGCGCCCAUUCCGAUCCCGGGUUUUCCGCAGUCGCCUCUGGCUCAGAUGAUGACUGGUGAUGGUAGCAUGCCGGCGCACAUGACAGUCGAAGGCCUCCAGCAGAUGCAGAUGCAGAUACCUCAGGACUUCACGAUGCCCCCGCCAACGACUGUUCCGCCCCAUUGGGCGCUCCGAAAUCCCGUGUUCCAGGUGGGACUAGAUACUUCAUUUCCUCCGCCAUCUUCGUCGCCGCAUCUGAGCAAUCCAUCGUCGCCGAUCCACAGCCGUACGGCCAGUCCAACACGGAUCCCGACUAGCAGUGUACAGCAUCGUAUCAGUCGGAAUCAGCAACCGACACCGAGCGAGCAACAGCAAACCCAGCGCCAGCAUCAGCCUCAGCAGCAUUCGCAUCCCCAAGACCAUCGGGAUCAGCGGGAGAACCAGCAGCAAGCGCAGCAGCAGCAGCAGUCGAUGAAAUCAGUUGAAGAGUCAUUACUGUUGGACCAAACAACGGCACUGACUCAGCUGCAGCAGUUGCGCAAUGGUUAUCGGCCGAGCCAUAACACGCUGCCCCGCCAAUCGAAUAAGCAGAGCUAUGUCAAUCAGAUUCAGUACCAUCACCAGCAGCAACAACAACAACAGCAACAGGCGCAUCAGCAGCAACAGCAGCAACAGCAACAACAGCAGUCGAGCUUCCAUGGCACUAAUACUGGACUGGGGAUGGCGUACCCGAUGAACAAUCUUAGUCUGAUUGACCUAACGCAAAAAUCUAGCAGUGAUUCUGGCAGUUCGGCUGGGGACAUGUCUCCUCCGGAAACUCCCGGCUUGAAUACGGCACCAUCGAACAACAUUGGUGGAUUGAUUCGAAGUAGGUCGUCCAACCUGGGUAGGAUUAACGGGCGUCCGGACAAGCUACAGCAAUUAGGUAGUUCUGUGAUAUAUACUCAGACAGCAGCGCAGCAACAAGCGGCGCUUCAGUCCCAGCAGCCACAGUUCGUCGGCGGUAGUAACGAUAUAAUGGUAACAUCAGCUACACAAAAUUUAAUUAGUAAUAGUAAUAAUAAUAACAAUACUAUGAAUAUUAGCAAUGGAAAUAACAGUAGCAUAGUGUCAAACGCUCUGUUGAUAGGAGCCCCGACGCCAACGGCCGGAGGCGUGAACCUAGUUCUGGGCUCACAGCCACAGUUCACCGCUCCCUAUCCACCAUAUCAUACCCAUACGGCGCAUUUGGCAACGCGACCUGCACUCAUUUCGGCUCAUGCAGCAACAGCCCAUCCUCCAGGUGCUGCCUUCAGAACACCAGCGGCUGCUUAUCACACGAUGCAACACAAUGGAGAGAUUCUCUAUCCCUACCCGACACAGGUUGCAACCGUCGGUGGAGGUGCCCCGUUGACCUUUCUACCAACUGCUACAGCGCCGGUAGCUGUAAGUACCCAAACUUUGCAAACAAUUCGGUCGGCUGGCACUUCACAGCCACCACCACAAGCACCACAGCAGCAGCAGGUUCAACCUGUCCAACAACCCCCGCUAAUACAGCAAAAAGUGCCCACAGCGUAUACGCCUCCUGCCGUCGUUGCUGCUGUUCCUCCCCCGCAUCCACCGAGUGCAACCACGCCAACAGGGAUGUACUCUGCUCAGUCUUGCUUCAAUUGCGGUUCCCAGAAACACACCGGACUAGACUGCCAGGAAUCUUCCAUGGAGGAUGCGACGCGAAAUUCAGUCUACAAACUCGACUACAAUGCCGCGAAUGCUACCGCUCAGCAGUUGGCCGCUGCAAUUGCCGCUGGUACGGUGUCGGGGACAACCCAACCUAACAGCAUGGCGCUAGUAGCAGCCAUGAGUGUACCAUCGUCUUCGUCACCUCCCUCAUCCGUUUCGGUAGCAUCUCUACCAUUGUCGGCGGUGUCAUCUGCCGCUUCAUCGGCCUCGUCCUCGUCGUCUUCGUCGUCUUCUUCUUCAUCGUCUUCAUCCUCUUCAUCGCUAACAUCCUCUUCAGUCUCGUCCUCGACGACGACACUGCCACUACAGCCACCACCACACCAACCACAACAGCACGGACCCAACCUUCUUAGCAGUAGUAGUAGUAACAAUAGCCCGCUAGACGCCUCCACAUCUGUAUCAACACAAACAAUAAAUAAUCAAACGGAUAGCAGUAGUAGUAGCACUAUUAGUAAGUGAUCAUCAAUCUAAACUAAUCUUAUAAAAAGAAUGAAAAAAAAACAUAUUCUAUAAGAAGAAAAACUAAUUAAAAGUAAAUAGUGUACUCUGCAAAAAGGAUUAAAAAAGUCUAAAAAGGUAUAGGAAACAAAAAUCAACAUACAUCCACAUACACACAUGCAGCAAGAGCCAGUCAGUUUAAAAGGGACACAACAUAUAGGCAAAUAGCAGACAACAAAUUGGAAAAAUUUACUAUUAUGGUUAUUGCAAACAAACAAAAACAAAAGAGAACUGACAGAGUGUGAUGUUUAGUAAAUGAUUUAGUUUUGGCUUUCAGAACGUGCUCCUACCGGCAAAUGUCUGGAAUGGUUGUCUAAUAAUUGUAACUACACAGGAGAGAGAGAGAGAGAGAGAGAGAAAGAGUUAGAGAAAAAACGGAAACCCAAUCCAUUAGCGCAGGCUUUUGAGGAGAUGUGUGCCAUUUUUUUAAUACUGUAUUUUAACCCUAGACACGGAAGUAUGACAAAAAAAAACACAGUUGAACAGGUGAUAGUGUAUGCAUCAACAUAUGGAAUAGUGGAAAUUCAAACAAACCUAUAACACAUAUUACUUGAUGAAAGUGCGCAAGGAUUUCUGGAGCUGAACUUUUGAUAGGUAGGGGCACGAAAUAGCGAAAAAAAAAUCUUAUUGAUUAAGAUCGAGCACCAACUGAGAAAGAAGCAGUCGUCAGGUUUUUCCUUGUUUCGUGUAAGACAAAUCCAAUAACCUUGUACUCAGAAUAUUUAUUUUUUUUUAUAUAUUUUCCCUUAUUAUUUGUAUAUUGCCACAUUUUAUACUACCAACCUGAGCUUUUUUGUUUCGUGCAGUUUUUGAGUUACUAGGGGUAACCUACUUAUCAUUAUUAUGCUAUAAGGACUCUGCUCUGCGGGCAGGUAAAAAAAAAGAAGAUUAUAAACAGGAUCACGAUCAACUUUUAAAAUGUUUAUUUAAACUUAGUUCUGAUCUAAUGUAAUACUGUGUAAAUGUACUUGUUGAUACGGUUAAGAUA